UGGCUGCACCAUAUCUCUAGAUAAGACGCGAUGGUGAACAAGUUGCGCAGCCGUACUUUGGUGCCGUCGAGCGGUAGCAAUGCGGCUGGCGCUCCGAAGCGUACGAGCAAGAUAGUGUGUCCAUCGAGCGGCGCUGAGCGUCCGCGGACCCGGCGGCAGCGGCAGCUGGCCGGCUGUGGCGAUGAGGGCCAGGCGGGCGGGCCGCCGAUGCCCGCCAUCGGCAUGCUCACCGACGAGUGGCUCGGGGUCUUCUCGUUCGUCGGACUUCACACACUCAUGCAGGUCAGACAGACAAACAAGCAGACAGACAGACGGACGGGUGUCUGCGGCAUGCCAGACUUAAUGCGUGUGUCUGCCUGUCUGCCUGGUUGGAUGUGGUGUGCUCUUUGGUGUCAGGAUUUCCGGCCUGUGUGUCGCCGGUUCAAGCAGCUGACCGGCGAGAGUGUGAUGAGCCUGCACGUGACGUCGAGCAACAUCAAGGGUGUGCCGCUCGGCGACUUCGUCAACCUCCAGCACCUGCACGUCACACACAUGAACCGGCCGGGCUUCAGGAUACUCCUCCGCUCGUUGGGCAGAUGCAGACGGCUCAAAAAAUUGACAGUGGUGCGCUCUCGACACAGAUGGACACACACACACACACACACACACACAUACAUAUGGUUGGGAGAGAGAGAUGGAAAGUUGUGUGUGUGGUCGGUCACUCAGGAGUACUGUCAGCUCGGCAACGACGUGGCCGAGGGUCUGCAGACCUCCCUCCCACUGCUGUCGGACCUGGUGGAGCUGCGCAUCGACUCGUGCAAGCUGCUGGCGGCGACGGUGCACCUGCUGUCGUUCGCUUUCCCCGACUGCCAGAAGCUGACCUGCCUGUCGCUGGCCGACAACGAACUCAAGGGCAUCCACGUCAACGCGCUGUGCGUCAUGCUGCCGCACUGCCCACUGCUGGAGAUGAUCGACCUCGACUGCAACCGGCUCAACGACUUGGGGGCGCUGCAACUUGCUGAGGUGCGUGCAGACAGACAGGGAGCCAUCCGCUUGUUCCAUCGGGGUGUGUGUGUGUGUGUGUGUGUGCAGGUGCUGCCGCAGAUCGGUCGGCUUCAUUCGCUGUCGCUUCGCGAGAACCACAUCGGCGAUGAGGGCGGGAUCGCCCUCUGCGAGGCACUCGCCAAGUGCCAACACAUUCGGGACGUUGACCUCUCAGGUCAGCAGAGAGACAGAAACACACACACAGAGACAGAGAGGGAUCCAAUGACGAUCUCACAGACUCUCUGUCUGUCUGUGUGUUGCGCGUUGUGCAGACAAUGGUCUGACGGAGCUCAGCGCGCCGGCCCUCCGUGCGUUGGUCCGGUCGUCCCCCUCGCUGCAGUUCCUCGACCUGGACGACAACAAGAUCUCAGAGGAGGAUAUCGCUCAACAAGACCAAGACCAAGACCAACACCCAGACGCACACGACGACCAUCACAACGGCAGGGACGACGACAACGGCCACGGUGGUGGCGCCGACGGCCCCUCUCCCCCACCCCCACCACCACCCGCGCCCGCACCCUCCCAUCCCUCGCAAACGUCGCUGCCUGUGGGUCCUCAUGUGUCGAGCAGCAGCUCGUCCGCCCCGACGUCCGAGACGGCCGCCCGGCCGCCCCCCGUGGUCAAGUGCAAGCCGCGGGUGGAGCAGGAGGACGAGCAGCCACGCAACAAGAGGAAAGCCGACGACAGGUGCGCUCCAUGGGCGUGGGUGUGGUCUCCAGCAUCGGUCUCAAUUACGAGUGUCUGUGUCCGUGUCUGUGAAUGUUUCAGUGACAUGUACGACGACUCGCGCAACGAGCGCGUCGACAACAAUGGUGCGGUGACCGGUUUCCGCACUGCCGACGGUGUCAAGAACCCCCGCAAGAGGCGGGCGGUGGAGCGGCGGGGCGGGGGCGACAAUGGCGAGGGCGGGGGGGUGGCUGACCUGGCUCCCAUGGACAUGGACGAGCUGGCGCCCAACCAGAGGGUCAGACAUUUCAUGCAGCGCACCGAUGAAGAGGUCAGAAAGAGGCAGGGAGGGAAAGAGGUGAGAGACAGACGGGCAUUACGUGUGUAUGGUUGGUCGGUGCGUGUCAGUUGGCGGCCGAGGAGGAUGAUGACGAGGAGUACCAGCCCGACACCAGCAGCCAGCAGGCCGUCGACGGCGAUGAUCUCGACGAUGACGACAUGGACCUCUCCGCGGUCAGCCAGCCACACCACACCACACCACACCACACAGCCAUUUCCUACCCCCGUGUGUGUAUGUGUGUGUGUGUCAACAGGAUGGCAUGAAUUCCGGUGGUGGGUAUGAUAAUUUGUAUGACAGCAAUGAGUGGGGUCUUAACGCCAACGAGCUGGAGGAGGAGGAGGACGAGGACGGCUCGGACGAGGAUGAGGAUGAGGACGAAGAUGAAGAGGAAGACGACAACCAAGAGCAGGGUACGUCAACUCAACCGACUGGCUGCCGGGCUGGCUGACGCUCCUGCACACAGAACACCACAGAACACACACACACACACACACACGAGGACCGAUCGCCUGUCUGCCUGCCUGCCUGCCUGUGUGCAUUCAGCCGUUCCUUGGAAGUCUGGUCGUCUGGGCGUGGGUAUGGGCCAGAGCCACGCGGCGGCUCUCAUCGCCAAAGUCACGGGUGGAUACGCUAACAGACCGGUGAGUGGGUGCGGCGGCACAUGCAAACAAGAAGAGGCAAAGGACACACACACGAGUGCGUGUGUGUGUUGUGUUGUGCUGCUCACGUUUGCAGGGUGAGGAGGAGGAGGACGAGGAUGAUGAGGACGACGAGGAGUUCGAGGAGGCGGAUCAGGGCGAUGGCGAUGACGAUGACGACGACGAGGACGGUAUGUAAUGACAUACCCACCCACCUCUACCCACCUCUCCCUACCUCCGCCAGACCCACACCGACUGUCUCCACACAUGCAUCUAUCCCAUGCCUGUUGGUUGUGUGUUCCUUUUCAUCAGACGGGGAUGAGGGAGAGGUUGAGGACGCCGGCGGCGAGGAGGCAGCAGCAGAUCAGGAGGGGGACGGGGAGGGGCUGCACCUGCCCGACCCACCAGGGCACCACAUCCAGGGCAACGCGGUAGUGCAGCCAGGGGCAGAGGGGCAGCCGGCACCCGACGCCUGGCUGGCUGACGCUCAAGACGUUGACGACGACGACAAGACUGAGGAAUGAAUGAUCCGACCAGUCAGGUCAGGGAGGGAGGGACAUAGGCGGAUGGAUGGAUGGAUGGGUGGGUGCGUGCGUGUGUGCGGAUGUUUCCAUCAGGCCAAGCCAGUAGGCUGGCUGCACACGUAGCAGGGAAGCCGAUGGAGGCGGUCUGUCUUCGGUGCGCUCACACGUGUGGGUGGGCGCGGCUUUGCGUGCGUUUGCGCGUGUGUGUGCUGCCUGCCUGCCUGCCUCUGCGAACAUAACAUAGAUAUCUAACAUGCCAGGACGAUGGAUGGAUGGAUGGAUGGAUGGAUAAAUGGGUGCGUCGUCGUGAGUGUCUGUCUGGUGAGCUGAGCGAUUUUGGUCCACCCGUCCCUCCCUCCCUCCCUCCCUCCAUCCAUCUCGCUCUCUGCCUGUCUUUCUGUCUGUGUGGUCAUGAGCGGCAGAUUUAAGCAACGGGGAGGGUCGGGGAGGGCUGGUUCUCUCUCUCUCCCUGCCUCUCUCACUCCCUCCUCGUCUGUCUGCCGGCCUCCUGGGUGUAGCGAAAGUGGACGGACAGACAGACAGACAGACAGACGGACAGACGGACAGCUGGGUGUGGUGGCUAGGUAGACGUGCUGCGUGUGUGCGGUGUGUGCGGUCUUUUCUCGUCGGCCGUGCAGUGCAUUUCAUGGUGUGCGAGUCGAGUCGUCUGACCAUCGAACGUUCAACUCAACCAUGUCAGUCAGUGAGUCAUUUGUAUGUGUCUGUCAGUCAACCCUAAAUUCCCC